ACCUCCAACAAACGCCUCAAGAAAUUCUUGCCCAAAAUGCAAACCAAACCUUGCCACAUCACGCCAACAAGAUUCCAUACGCCGGUGACACUCACCCCGGCAGUGCACCGGCUUCCACUACCACCACUGAAACCACCACGGGCAAUAUCCAUUUCCGCUCCACCAGAUAACACCUUGUCGAAUUUAACACUAGAUACCGUGGAUGACUCCGUGACAGCUUUUUGGGACUACCAAUUUUUAUUCAUGUCACAACGCUCAGAGACGGCAGGGCCAAUCACUCUCCGACUGGUGGACGGUGCCAUCCCACUGGACUUCCCUUCGGGCACAUAUUACCUAAUCGGUCCAGGUCUAUUUUCGGAUGAUCACGGCUCCACCGUGCACCCCCUCGAUGGCCACGGCUAUCUUCGGGCGUUUAACAUUGAUGGUGUCAACAAAGAGGCCAAGUUCAUGGCUAAGUACGUAAAAACCGAAGCUCAAGUGGAAGAGCACGAUCCCAUCACUGACAAGUGGCACUUUACGCAUCGUGGACCGUUUUCAGUACUAAAAGGAGGUAAAAAAUUAGGUAACACUAAGGUCAUGAAAAACGUGGCUAAUACCACUGUACUAAGGUGGGGUGGGAGGUUACUAUGCCUAUGGGAAGGUGGAGAUCCUUACGAGAUUGAAUCAGGAACAUUGGAUACCAUUGGAAAGUUCGACGUGAUCAACGGUUGCCAUUCGUUGCCGGGAAGUAAAGUCGGUGAUAUUUUCGACAUAGCUGCCGGACUGUUGAAACCAGUUCUACUUGGUGUGUUCAAGAUGCCACCCAAGAGAUUGUUGUCUCAUUACAAGGUUGAUGUUGAAAGAAACAGGCUUGUUACAAUGUCAUGCAAUGCAGAGGAUAUGCUACUGCCACGGAGCAAUUUUACAUUUUAUGAAUUUGAUUCGGAAUUCAAGCUGUUACAGAAGCAAGAAUUCAAUAUCCCGGAUCAUUUGAUGAUCCAUGAUUGGGCUGUCACUGAUACCCACUAUAUAUUAUUUGGAAAUCGCAUCAAGCUCGAUAUUCUUGGGUCCAUGGGAGCAGUGUGUGGGCUAACUCCAAUGAUCUCGGCUUUGUCAGUAAACCCGAGCAAGAAAACAUCCCCUAUAUACUUGCUUCCACGGUUUCCUGAUAAAUCAGGCGGACAUGGUUGGGAUUGGAGGGUCCCUGUGGAAGCUCCUUUACAGAUGUGGGUAUUGCACGUCGGUAACGCUUUUGAGGUCAAGGAUGGUCAUGGAAAUUCUGAGAUUCAAAUACAGGCUGCUGCUUGUUCCUACCAGUGGUUCAAUUUCCACAAACUGUUUGGAUACGAUUGGCAAAGUAGCAAAUUGGACCCCUCAAUUAUGAAUGUAAAAGAUGGGGAAAAUCGAUUGUUGCCUCACCUAGUUCAGGUUUCUAUAAAUUUGGAUGGCAAUGGAAACUGUAAAAAAUGUAGUGUGGAGCAUUUGGAUCAAUGGAGCAAGGCAUCGGAUUUUCCACUCAUUAACCCUUCAUUUUCUGGCCACCGAAAUUCAAUCAUUUAUGCAGCAACGUCCACCGGAUCUCGCCAGGCACUACCUCAUUUUCCGUUCGAUACGGUGGUGAAGCUAAAUCUGUCAAGCAACUCUGUGCAUACAUGGUCCACUGGUGCUCGUAGAUUCAUUGGUGAGCCCACUUUUGUUCCAAAGGGAAAUGAAGAGGAUGAUGGCUACCUUCUUGUGGUUGAGUAUGCAGUUUCUGUUCAAAGAUGUUAUCUUGUCAUAUUGGAUCCAAAGAGAUUUGGAGAAGCUGAUGCUCUUGUAGCAAGACUUGAAGUCCCCAAGCACUUGAACUUUCCUAUGGGAUUUCAUGGCUUUUGGGCCCCAACCGAUGAAGCCACGGUCUUUGGAAAUCCGAUCGACAGUGGGGGAGACAAUCGGAGGAAAUGUCGGGCUUCCAAGUUCCUUCUUCUUCCUCCUCUGUUCAAUCCUCAUCUUCAUCUCCAUUCGCAUUUGGAUCGUCCACCACCAGCACUGGUUCUGGAUUCUCGUUCGGGUCCUCCCCUUUCUCCUCCUCAAACCCUAGCUCCUCUGCCCCUUUCUCCUUGUCGUCGUUCAACACAUCCUCCUCUGCAGUCCCCUCAAGUCCUAGCAUCGGACUAUUCAACUCUUCUUCAGCCUCUCCGUCCUCUUCCUUUUCUUUUGGGGUUAGCUCCGGGCAGUCUGCAUCCAGUUUUACUUCGUCUCUGUUUGGUUCAUCUUUAUCCUCCUCAAGUUCCGCCGCAGCUACUUCAGUGUCAAGUUCGCCUUCGCCAUUGUUUAGUGCAUCGACAUCCUCUUCGCCCUUGUUUGGUGCUGCUUCAUCUGCAGCGAGUUCAGGCUCACCCCUGUUUGGAGCGUCAUCAUCUAGUACAACUACGUCGCCUCUGUUCGGGACAGCUUCUUCUGCUGCGACUUCCGGUCAGUUCCUCUUUGGCGUGUCUUCAUCCGCGGGGAGUACGGGCUCAUCUUUAUUCGGGGCGCCUUCAUCCGCGGCGAGUUCUGCUUCCCCUUUACUAGGUACGGCUGUGACUUCAUCCCUGUUUGGGGCUUCUUCUACUGCUGCAAGUUCUGGCACAUCCUUGUUUGGGGCAUCUUCUACCGCUGCAAGUUCUGGCCCAUCCUUGUUUGGGGCAUCUUCUACCGCUGCAAGUUCUGGCCCAUCCUUGUUUGUUGCAUCUUCGUCGACUGCAACUUCUGGAUCAUCUUUGUUUGGGGC